AUGGCCGCCAAUAUCCUCACUGUAGUAAUGACCACAGCGCUCCUUGUGGGUGCCCAGAUACUCCCGGAUGGUGAUGGACUCCCAACAAUAUCCGUAGCGUCCACGGCAUCGCAGGGAACAUCGAAUUUCUCCUGGGUGUCGACUUGGGCUUCAAACACGAGCGGAAUGCACUCUAUCACUUAUUCACCCUAUCUAGGACAGCAUUCAAGUACACAUGCAGUCCAGACAGGGUCCUCCCCCAGCCCAAAUACCUCGAAUGUCCAUAUUAUUGCACCUGUAGUCGGUGCGGUCCUAGCUGCUCUCUUCAUCCUCGUAGGGUGCUGGCUAGUUAGGAGACGAAGGAAUCGUGCUCUCAACGCACAUAGGCGACGGUCGACAUGGAUGGCCUCGCAGAAGUAUAAAUGGGAACCCGAUAGCAAACGUGAUACGGAGGCUGGUCAACCAGACGAUGACCCGCCAUUCCCAACGACCAUCCAAGCCCCUACGCCGGCGACGACGCACGAGCGCAAGACAUCUAUUCUCUAA